CCCAAAGAGAUGCUGGCAAUGAAAGAAGAUCCAUGAAGAAUGAGAGGUAUGCACUCAGAGAGUUAACCCCCGUGCACAGCACAGUGCCCUCUGCUCCCAUCCUUCUUUACGUCCUUAUGGAGGACACUGGCAACAUAACACAGGCGUGUACAGGGAGGAUCCUACCGUAAUGCUUCAUACUGAAUUUUGACUUGUUGUCACCACGCAGGGUCCCACAGGAGCUGCACCGGGCCGUCCCGUACCGGAACGUCAGCAACACCCCUGAACUCCUAUUGGCAAUCAUCUGCAGGGACAGACGGUGCUGUUGGACAGGCGGUAAGUAGGCGUACCCACAAUCCCCUCCCUGCUCCGUGCUCUUUUUACACACUGUAAAUGUCAGUGGCGUUAUGGCACAGCAGCCUCACACCGACACCACGUCUCCGUCGUCUCUGAGGACAGACAGUCUGAGCCAGAGCGGCCUACAGAGGACAAACACGUCUUCACAUCAACAACAACAACAUCUGAGAAGCUGCGCAACACGUGGUGCCAAUGGUCCAACCAGACAAUAUGACAACAAGCUGUUCACACAGCAAACUAACAGAAAGACAAAAUGGAAGUGUGUUACCGAACAAAACAACAACCAAUGGAAUUCAGUGGAGACCUCCUUACUCUGUGGAAACUCCUUACGGGUUUCGACUGGAUUUGGACUUCCUGAAAUAUGUAGAUGACAUUGAGAAAGGCAACACAAUUAAAAGGAUUCCUAUCCAGCGCCGAAGCAAGGGUCCUCGAUCCAGCACCCUGCCAAGGAACAUCAACCCCUCAAAUAUUGGCUCCCACCCUAGUCCCUGGGGAUCCACUGGAGCUCUGGGCAUCAGGUCACGGUUGCUGGAUGCACAUCCUCGUCAUGGAUAUACUUCAUGGGCUUAUGACCACAGGUAUGUUUCUCCUAAAGGACAAAAAUCACUGGCAGAGAUGGAGGCCAGAAUCAAAGAAUUCGAUGAGCAACCACUAGGGGAGCACAUCAGACCUCACCUCCUUCGUGCCUCUAGUCUCCCACUCACAGUAUUACUGAAUCAGGGAUCAGAGUCUGUGGAUGAUCUUGGAAGCCUCAGGAAUUCUAGGGAUCACCUUAUUGGAAGGAACAUCUCCUGUGAAGACAUCUUCCACUCUCCAGACAGCCCUCACACCCUGGAUGGCUCAGGGUUGGUGAGGCGUCUUACAGAGGCGCUGGAACGUGUGAGUGAGCUGGAGAUGGAGGUGAGGGUUAUUCCAGAGCUCAAGACUCAGAUCUCUACUCUUCAAGAGGAAAGGGAAAGGCUCCUUCUUGGUCUGAAUCCAUCUGAUCAAUCCUCAGUCCGUACCACUACAAACUCUCAUUCCUUUCCCAACAUGUGCACCUUGAGUGUCAAAAGACCACAAUAUGAAAGCUAUGUCCCAUCUCCCAGAAAUCACUACUCAGAUCUGUCACACGAGUGGAGGAAUAGCACAGAUCUGGAUGAGCUCCUGACGGUGACAUCCUUGCAGGCCAAGGUGGCAGCAUUGGAGCAGAAGCUCCAUGAGACCAGCCUUGAGCUCCAGAAGAUGUUGGGCAUACUGAAAGAGCAGCAGGAGGAGAGUCAAAGGAAGGAGGAGAACAUUGAACAGCUUCUUAGGAAUUCUGGGACAUGGGUCCAUGCAGACAGGGUGGUAGCUCAGGAUGAAAGAAAUGAAAGAGCAGACACCUCCACUGAAAUAUAUAACCACAAAGUGUCUUCCUCCAGAGCUCCAGAUGGAGUUAUCAGUUUACAAAAUGCUAGUGCAAAUGCACAAAGAAAUAGACAUGUUGCCGAUUCCACAUUGUCAUCGACUCUGAAGGUCCCACCAGUUCUUGUAGAACCUAGAGAGGACUUCACUGAGGAUAAAGACAAUGUCGUAAUACUCUACCACAUAAAGAGGAUCAAGAGACUGUUGGGGCAGCAGUGGGAAUGUUUGUGUACAGUGAUGGGGUCCACACAUCCAGACCCCAAAGUCACUUCUCUGCAACAGGAGAUGAUGGGACUCGUUGACAUGCUUUCCUCCUACUACAGCCAAGAUGGACAAACUCAAACUCAAUAUCAAGCCUCUAAAUCUGUCAGGACAUCAGAUGAAUGUACUGGGACACUAAAAAAUUCCUACCCUGCUGUUCAAGACGGACAUGCAAGUAUAAGUCUAGAUGGGCAGUGCUGGUUGGACCAGAGUGUUAGCCCUGGAGAUGUGGAUGCAGAGCCAGAGAAAGACGACCAUAUCACCCCAGAGAGACAGACGACAUCAGAUGAAACACAAUCAGGGGGGACAGACGGGGGACCAGCAUCCGUGGAUACUCCAGAGACACAGCAGCCCCCAGGAAAACAGAUGGAGGGAAAAUCAGAAACAAACACAGCGAGCAGAGAAAUAGUGAGUGGAGAAUUUCUGGCAGCCUGUCAGUUCCUCAAAGAUCACAUGGACAACACAGAUCACCCCAACGAUGACGCGAGGAAGGCGUUCAUCGUGGUGUUUCAGAGCUGGUUCACUGCAGCCGCAGAGGAGACAUCGGAGGCUCACGUGGUGUCUGCAUACCUGGCAGAGGUGAAGAAGGCCACGCCCUCACUCUUAGCCUUCCUUGUCAACCUGGCAGAUGACAACGGGAACUCAGUGCUGCAUUACAGCGUGUCACACUGCAAUUACAGCAUCGUCAGCCUGCUUCUGGACACAGGUGUGAGUGACGUGAACCUCCAGAACAAGAGCGGCUACACAGCAGUGAUGUUGGCCUCAUUGACAGCCCCAGAAGAUCCAAGUGGCAUGGAGGUGGUCCGCAGGCUCAUGUUGCUUGGCAACAUUAAUAUCUGCUCCAGCCAGACGGGACAGACAGCGCUGCACCUGGCAGUGAGACACGGUCGGGUUGCGAUGGUCUGUCUGCUGCUCAGCUGUGGGGCAGACGCCAACAUCCAGGACGCCCAGGGAACCACGGCGCUGAUGUUCGCCUCCGAGAGAGGCCACACCCACAUCGCCAGGCUUCUGCUAGAGAGGAGUGACCUUGACCUCACUGACAAGCAUGGUCGGAGUGCGCUGUGCAUCGCUGUGCACGGCUCCCACACUGACACCGCCGCCCUCCUGCAGGCCCACGCCAAAGCUGAAGUCCUGUAGUCCUGGAAAACUUCACAUUUGAAACAUGUCAACAUUAAGUUUAAUGAAGGCUUAAUGCCAAACUCAAGCGCUUGGAUUGUGCUCCAGUUUACAUGAUUUUCUUCAUGAAAUCGAGUUUUAGAAGGUCACUGGGUGAGGCAGGAAGAGCUCAGUCAUGGUUGCUGAUGUUAAUAGUAAGGUGCGUGCAUUCUGAGAUUAGUGCUGCAAGCUAUGCAAUUAAAAUAUUUAUUGCAAUCCAGUUAUUGUACUUCACAAAUGAAUACUGGAAAUUAUGUAUUUUAUUUUCUUCCAAUAAAAAAUGACUAUUGCAGAUGUUUUAGUUUAGUGGGGGGAAUAAUAAUGUAUUCAAGCAUUAGCUGAGCACUUUUCAAAUGCUUGUGAAACUCUAACGGCAUGAAACAAACAAAAUAAAAAAAACACUUCCAUGCUGCAUGUUAACUAUAAAAGGAAGACAAUUGGUGCCUUCAUGUCUCUGAUUUGCUUUUCUCAUAUCUGUUUUUAAUAAAACGUGACAAAACACUU